CCGCCGCCGCCGCCGUCGUGCGUGCCGCUCGGCGGAGAGGCCGGGCUUGCGUGUCUCCUCCUUCCUCCCCGCCUCCCGCUGCCGGUAGGACCCAUCUGCCGCUCCUCUGGGACCCCGUGUCAUCGCCUGCCCCCAGCACGGUGAGCCCCGCAGGGAGGCUAGGAGCGCGCUCCCCGCCGCGUCUUCGACGCCCUGGUCCGUUGCUCCGAGGCGGGCGUCAGAUGCCCCCCAAAAAGGGAGGUGAUGGAAUUAAACCACUCCCAAUCAUUGGAAGAUUUGGAACCUCUUUGAAAAUUGGUAUUGUUGGAUUGCCAAAUGUUGGGAAAUCUACGUUCUUCAAUGUAUUAACCAAUAGUCAGGCUUCAGCAGAGAACUUCCCGUUUUGCACUAUUGACCCCAAUGAGAGCAGAGUACCUGUGCCAGAUGAAAGGUUUGAUUUUCUUUGCCAGUACCACAAACCAGUAAGUAAAAUUCCUGCCUUUCUAAAUGUAGUGGAUAUUGCUGGUCUUGUAAAAGGAGCUCACCAAGGACAAGGCCUGGGAAAUGCCUUUUUAUCUCAUAUUAGUGCCUGUGAUGGAAUCUUUCAUCUAACACGUGCUUUUGAAGAUGAUGACAUCACACAUGUUGAAGGAAGUGUAGAUCCUAUUCGAGAUAUAAAAAUAAAAAAAAAAGAGCUUCAGCUUAAAGAUGAAGAAAUGAUUGGGCCCAUUAUAGAUAAACUAGAAAAAGUGGCUGUGAGAGGAGGGGAUAAAAAACUAAAACCUGAAUAUGACAUAAUGUGCAAAGUCAAAUCCUGGGUUAUAGAUCAAAAGAAACCUGUUCGCUUCUAUCAUGAUUGGAAUGACAAAGAGAUUGAAGUGCUGAAUAAGUACUUAUUUCUGACUUCAAAACCAAUGGUGUACUUGGUUAAUCUUUCUGAAAAAGAUUACAUUAGAAAGAAAAACAAAUGGUUGAUAAAAAUCAAAGAGUGGGUGGACAAGUCUGACCCAGGUGCCUUGGUCAUUCCUUUUAGUGGGGCCUUGGAACUCAAGUUGCAAGAAUUGAGUGCUGAGGAGAGACAGCAGUAUCUGGAAGCGAACACGACACAAAGCGCUUUGCCAAAGAUCAUUAAGGCUGGGUUUGCAGCACUCCAACUAGAAUACUUUUUCACUGCAGGCCCAGAUGAAGUGCGUGCAUGGACCAUCAGGAAAGGGACGAAGGCUCCUCAAGCUGCAGGAAAGAUUCACACAGACUUUGAAAAAGGAUUCAUUAUGGCUGAAGUAAUGAAAUAUGAUGAUUUUAAAGAGGAAGGUUCUGAAAAUGCAGUCAAGGCCGCUGGAAAGUACAGACAACAAGGCAGAAAUUAUAUUGUUGAAGAUGGAGAUAUUAUCUUCUUCAAAUUUAAUACACCUCAGCAACCAAAGAAAAAAUAAAUUUUAGUUAUUGCUCAGAUAAACAUACGAUUUUCAAAAAGCAUAUGAUUUUUUUUUAAUUAAAAUUUCUGAAAACUGAAGGGACACACAAAGUUGGGGGAUGGGAAUCUUCUACAAACAGAAUUAUUUUUAUUUGUUCUAAAAUUAAAAUACUGUGUAUCUCCAAUGAAAUGCAAGUUCUCUAAUGUGAACAGCUUUGCUUUUCACGUGAUUAAGACCCUACUCCAAAUUGUGGAAGCUUUUCAGGAACCAUAUUACUCUCAUGAUACUUCAUUAAUCUCCAUCAUGUAUGCCAAGCCUGACACAUUUGACAGUGAGGACAAUGUGGCUUGCUCCUUUUUGAAUCUACAGAUAAUGCAUGUUUUACAGUACUCCAGAUGUCUACACUCAAUAAAACAUUUGACAAAACCA